GUGUUAAAAAAACACCUAUGCAGGUGGAUCCUACACUAAUGAAUGUAGGGGAUGGAGGCACGGUGAGCAGAGAGAUCAGUGCUCCAAAUAAAGCUGCCACUACUAUGGUGGGAAAUCCCCCCCAGACGUUACCCUCUGAGUUUAGAGGAGAUGUUACCCUCAGUCAGCAAAACAAGACCACUCCAACAACAGACUGUAAGACAGCGAAAGCCUGCCUGGACACUAGCAAUUACAACCACAGCCCAGAGCUUUCUUCACCUCAGCAGCCCAACAAUGCGCCAGUGUCAGGCUCAGAGAAGAGAGCAGACAAAAGGGCACAGGCCCCUAAACUCAAGGCUGACGCUGCGGCCGUUUUCCCCACUUCUCAGUGGUCAAGUGGUGUGAAAGCCGGCCGGGAGGACUCACUCAGCCCCUGUCUCAGCAAUGUGACAUCCAGUAAGAAGUCACACCCGCAAACACAAUCGCUGGAAAGUGUUUCCCCUGGGUUUCAGUGCUCCGCCAUGUUUAAACCAGCCCAGCCUGUUGCCUUUCUUCCUUCCACUAAUUUCGCCUCACCACUUUGUAAAAUCACUCUUCCACCAGCAUUGGGUCAGAUUGCAGCGCUGAGAGAAGCCACAGCCAAUCAGUUUCAAAAAGGCAUUCAGCCUCAAAGUUCAGGUGUCGGAGGGACGUCGCUCAGUCGGACCUUUCCCUACCAGUUCUCUGUGGGACGGUCACCAGCUAAAGAUAAAAAAGCAGGCACAUCAACCUCAAAACUUAAAUCUAACCAUUCAACGAGUAAGAACACCAAAUCUGCAGGGGAGCAUAAAUCCUUAGCCUCAGUGGUAGCCUCACCAGCUAUUGCACUACCAUUGCAGCACCCGUUAUUAACCCCUGCAGCACCCACCCACUACACACUAUCUCCCACUGCUGCCAUUUGCUGUGGCUCUGCCCUUGCCAGCAUCACCUCUCAAAGCAGACUGCUGAACCAUGUGGAGAAAGGCAACAGCAUAGACAAGACGACGAUGGGCUCUCUUAAAACCGCACUUCCCUCCGCUUCGGAGGACCACACAGCUUGUUCCAUCGAGUCAAGAGACGUCCCUCUCGAUUUGUCCGCUAAAUCCAAACGUCCAAAAUGCAUAAAUGACCCUCCAGUUUCUCUGAUGGAGCCUCAUAGCACUGAGUCAAAUGAGCGAGAUUUUCUGAACUCAAAGAGGAUUCAUUCCUCAACUUACAGCUCUGCCGUGCAAUACCCUAUCCUACCCAAUGCCCACAGAAACGGGUCCCAUCAAAAGCAAAUAAAUAGGCCUCAGAAUCACCAGGUCCCAGAGCCCAAACCCGCCUGGUGUAAGGGAUCUGCACAAGACCCCAUCAAAAACAUCCCUGGAACUUAUGUAGGUGUGGCGAGCCCCAUCCUGGCUUCUACUCUGCGGGGUAAAGACGGAAAGGGAACCUUUGCGGAUGAAUUUCAGAGUUUUGCGAAGCAGGAGUUUAUAUCUAUAAUUGACCAAGGAGAACAUCUGGCCUCAGGAGGAAAGAAGCCAUCCGGUCUUAAGGGCAAUCAGCAUGCUCACAGCGCCAAGCAUGUUAAAAACACCAGCACAGCCAUAGCUAAGAACUGUUCAUCUAAAGCAGCCCUAACGACUACGCUAUCAAGCUCUGCCAACGCUCAGAAGUCUGCACCGGGCAAAACAGCAGUGCCAUGCUCGACCACUGUUGUCAAUCCAGCCUGGCAGCAGCCGUCUCAUCAUCCUCACCGAGCCUCCUCUGCUCAGAGAAAAAUCACCCACGGCUCCACAAAGACAAAGGGCAGCACAGGUACCGAGGGAUCCAGGUUGCAGAGCGCUCAUCACAGCCCGUCCAGUCAGGAGGAGCAGAAGUGGGAGAGAAUGAAUUCUCCGCUGUCGAACCUCACGUCCAUCGUGAAGCAGCAAGCUCUGGAAACGACAGCACCGAGCGCUGAGGGUAAUACUCAAGCUUCACCUGUUGCAUCCAGAAAAGCUGACGUUCUGAAACCAGUCGCGGGGAGUCAAGACACACAGGCCAAAUACCCACCUUACUGGUCCGUGGAUAAAUGGCCGGGUGUACCAUCUCCAGAGGAUUUAACUCAAACAGUGAAAAGAAACGAGAAGGCGAACGCCACCGAGCCUCUGGAGAACAACACAGAGUUACGCACCAGUCAAGGGGAAAACACGGGACUACAAACGAAGCAAGGCUCUUCAAAGCCCGAUGGCCAGUCUCAUCUCUUCGGGAGAAAUGCAUCAACAAACAAGAACAGGAUGGAGAGCAAACUAGCCCAGGUGCUAGAGGGGGAGACGGUGAAGAAAGAAAGUGGGGCAGCAGACAGUGCUCCCAGUGAAAAAUUGGAGGGCAUGGUGGCGUCUAUUCUUACGGGCCAGUGUGCCAGGGGAGGCGACAAGUUUGAGAAAAAAACCAAUGGAACCAAAGAGGAGUCGCCAGCCAAAGCAAAAGCUGCUGCCAUCAAGCAAAAGAAGACAAGUCCUAAGAAGCCAGUGAAGGAGAAGUCGCCCACUGAGCCGUCGAAGAAGGCGGCAGGAAAGAAGAAGCAAGACGCAGAAAAUACUCCGACCAAAGUGUCCAGCGCAAAGAAGAAGAAACCACCUGCACCUGUGUUGGAGCAGAGUCUGUCUGCCGGAAAACUUUCCCCACAGAGUAAAGGGUCGAUUCCAAAGGACAAGACCAGUCCCAGCAAGGUUGAGCAACCAACCCCGAAGAAAACAGUUACAGAUAGUGGAAGCAGUCCUCCUGGUGUGGAGACUCCAGUCUCUCUCAAAAGCUCCACCAUUUCCAGGAAGGACACUGACGUUACAGAGAGCUCCUUCCCGAGACUGAGGAGAGGAAGACGGCGAGCGGAUGAGGCUCGACUCGACCUCUGGGGCUUUGCGACACCUUCGCCUCCACCCCCACCCCCACCGAUGCCUCCUCCACCUCCAACGUCCCCGUCACCCCCUGUGACUCCCACUCAACCCGUCCGCCGCCCGAGAGGGAGGCCUCGCUCGAACCCGCUGCCAGAGCGAGCGCAUCAGGCCAAGGUCAAGUCAUGUAGUGCGGAGGGCUACACGCCUGCUCAUAAGAAACGCCGGCGGUGUCGGAGCACAAAGUAUCAGACGGGAGACUACAUCACUGAGAAAGACAAGAUGGAAGAUGGAGAGCACCCUGAGGAAUCUGACUCCCUGAGGCGGGACAGUGGAACUCCAGCAGAUCCACAAGGGGAUCAGUGUCCGAGUCCCACUGCCUGCAGCCCGGAGCCUCCUCCACGGAAAUCCUCAUUCACCCGCUCAGGAUCGGUCCGCUACCACGAGAGCGAGGAGUCUCCGGAGCGCAGCGAUAAACCUGCAGGGAAGAGAAAGUUCAAAAGCAAGCAUUUAAGUGACAGCGACGAGCCGAAGAUUAAGAUUAAGACCAAACGCAGCAGCUUGGGCAAGCGAGGCGCCUCACUCGCUCUGGGUGACGGUGGUGCUGAUGUAAAAAGGACAGAAAGCCCCCCUCCCACUCCCAAAAGUUUGCCAGCAUCUCCACCCAGUAAGAAAGCCUCAUCAGGAAUAAGCAGUGGUUCAGAGUCUCCUCCCAAAAGAGUCAUUCCUCCAGAGGUUCGUCGACUUAUCGUCAAUAAAAACGCUGGAGAGACUCUGCUGCAACGCGCCGCUCGACUGGGCUAUCAGGAUGUGGUUCAGUACUGUCUGGAGAAGGACAUCAGGGAGGUGAAUCGCCGUGACAACGCUGGUUACACAGCUCUGCAUGAGGCCUCCUCCAGAGGCUGGACUCAGAUAGUCCAGAUCCUGCUGAGACAUGGAGCAGACGUGAACUGCAGCGCCCAGGACGGAACACGGCCUCUUCAUGAUGCAGUAGCGAGUGACAACCUUCCAAUAGUCUGGUUGCUUCUAAACCACGGAGCAGACCCGACUCUGGCCACCUACUCUGGACACACACCAGUCAAACUGGCACAUAGUCUCGGCAUGAAGACUUUCCUCACAGAAUAUUUCACAGAACUGGAAGGUCGAACUGAACAGGACUCCUGUUUACCCUGGGAUUUCUACAGCAGCUCACUGUUUGAGACGGACAAGGAGCCGUGUUGGGACUUCCUGCUGUCGGAGCAGAACCAGGAGCUGGAGGAGAAUCCUCCGGUGAAGACCGAGCCCGACUCGGACAGAGACUGUCUCCUGUUCGAGUUCUCGUCUGAGCCGCUGCUUCCCUGCUUUCAUGUCCAGGUGUCACUGACACAAGGCUUUUGCAACUGGUUCCUCCUGACAGACGUCCUGAAGCGCCUGAAGAUGUCUGCGCGGAUCUUCCGGGCGCGUUACCCUCACCUGGAGGUCGUGAGUUUGCCGCGAGCCGAACUCUGGAAACAGGUGUCGGUCAGCCAGGUGAGCUCGGCUUUGGCUUCACCCUACAGAGGCAAAAACAAAGACGAGGAAGAAAAGGAGGAGGAAGAGGAGGAGGAGGAGGAGGAAGAAGGACUAGUGGAACUGGUGCGCUGCGUCCCGGAAAUCCAGAGACUACUGGGCUCGUCCAUUCACAUCCUGCAAGAGGAUGACGAGGAAGAGGAGGAAAAGACACUGACAAACACAGGGAAGCCUCACAGCCGAUAGCCUCCGCUGCAUCGCACUUCUCCAUCAAGUUCUUCGUGCAGGCAGCAGCUCAAAGGAAACCUGUCCGUCCAUUGUAGCGAGCGUCAGGGGUUUGAAUUCCAGCUGCGGCUCGACACUCCAUCGAUAACCUUUGACCUCAGACAGAAGGUGACUAAGAGAUCACCACACGGGAGUGGUCUGUGCAGGAAAGCAGCUUUCAGGUUCCUAUCUAUAGGUAUAUUUGAAUAAAUCAGAACUAUUGAGCAAACCUUUUUUUAUGGAUUAUGUAUGUACAUGGUAGUGUAUAUGUAUAUCUUGCCAUCAGGGGAAAAACACAUUUGGUUAUAUAAACGGAUUUUUGUGGCAAGGACCGGAUUACGUUUCACUUUUUGUUAUGAGUUUGUUCCUGAGGGGAAAGCGAUAUUUUUUGAUGGAAGCUCAGACUCUUGAGUCAGGGAGGAACAGUCAUCUAUCGACCUGGAGACCUGCAGAGGAGCGACCACGGCACAUAAUCAUCAAGCAUAGCCAUGAUUUCCAUUUUCUUUCUUUCUUCAUUUUUGACUUCAUCAUGCUCCAGAUAUCGUCACUGGAUGGACCUAAGAGCUUAGGUUGCUUCAUCUUUCCUCCACAUUUCACGAAGGAAACCUGGGUCAUCCGCCCCGGGACCUUUUGAGAUUAAGUUUGUUUCCAGAGCCAGACAGGAACAGUUGUAGUGUUCUCCACUCCCCAGGUUGCGCUCCCUCCUGAACUGAUACAGAAUCCUGUGGAUCUCUCUCAGAGGAAACGUUGGACCAUCUCUUGAGUCCAAGGAGCUGAGACGCCCUCGUACCUGCAGCCACGGCCCCUCCCACGUCCCCACGUGCUGUUUCCAGAUCCUAGAGUGCUUUGUGUUGCAGUGUUUUCUCUACACUGUUUGUUGUGCUUUAUUUAAUAGUCAUUAAUAUAUUUGACCUCUUGUGUAUCUGACACGCUUAUCUAUGAAAAAAAAAAAAGUUGCUUUGUAUGGUUGGUGCUUCAUUUUGAAAAUGUACUUAUUAGGAUCCCUUUAUUCUGAGAUUUUCCUCCCUUGUUCAAAAACAGUAUUUCAAAACCGCAGGAGUACAGUUUUAUUGUACUGGUGCUACGAUAGAUUUUGUGUUGACAAUCAAUGAAGUUUUUGGUUUGAAGUCACAAACUAAUAAAAAAGAUAUUUAAGAUGAAGAGACUUACGGUGUAAAGAAAAGUAUAGUUUAGUUAAAGAGCAGCAGGACACAGCGAGACUGAAAGACUGAGCAGCGCGUGACAUCCUGAAAGACUUUUAUUUGAUUCUUUUAUAAGAAAUCAACAAGAAUAAAGCAUGAUUGUGAAUCAG